AUGCUAAUGAACCAAGAAGAUACAUCCGUCAUGGACCUCGGCGGCAACGACAACACUUCAAGUUUGCCACCGCAACACAACGAACAUGAACAACGACCUCUGUCUGCAUCCAUGUCCCUAGAGAAGGAUGCCAUCGUUCCUCGUUCCCCCGUCUCAGAGCCUCUGGAGGACCCAAAUAACAGUAGCAAUAAUAUCGACUCCUUGGAGAAUGCUACCUCUCUCAAGAGAACCAUAGAUGAAGUCGAGGGCAACCUGGAGACACACGAGCCAACUCCUCAACCUACAGCAACACCUGUCGCUGCUGUCCUGGAGGAAAACGAAGCCAAGAAACCAAAAUUGGAAGAACAACAGCCUGCAGUAGUCGAACCUCCUAAGGUCCCUGCUCCUGCACCACCACAAGAACCAGAUAUGAACAAUCUACCGGCUGACCCAAUCCCCAAACAUCAACAGAAACAUGCACUAAUGGCCAUCAAAGCGGUAAAACGUUUAAAAGAUGCAAGACCUUUCUUACAACCGGUCGAUAUCGUCGCUUUAAACAUUCCAUUAUAUUACAAUUACGUAAAGAGACCCAUGGAUCUUUCCACCAUUGAAAAAAAAUUGAAUGUUAAUGCUUACGCUACCCCGGAACAAAUAACUGAAGAUUUUAAUUUGAUGGUAAGUAAUAGUAUCGCCUUUAAUGGGCCUACCGCAGUUAUUUCACAAAUGGCUAGAAAUAUUCAAGCCGCUUUUGAAAAACAUAUGCUAAAUAUGCCUGCAAGAGACGCCCCCAUGCCACCUCCAACAAAGAAAAACUCACGGAAGGGUAAAUCGGGCGCCAAUGCAGAUUCAGAUACUCCAAUUGUGAUAAGACGUGCGCAAACACAUAAUGGGAGACCGAAGAGAGAAAUUCAUCCACCUAAAUCCAAGGAUAUUUACCCUUAUGAAAAUAAGAGACCAAAAUCUAAAAGAUUGCAAUUGGCUAUGAAAUUUUGUCAAUCUGUCAUUAAGGAAUUGACAAACAAGAAAUACGCAUCUUUUAAUUACCCAUUCUUGGAACCAGUCGAUCCUGUCGCAUUAAAUUUACCCACUUAUUUCGAUUACGUUAAGGAACCUAUGGAUUUAGGUACCGUUGCAACCAAAUUGAGUAAUUGGGAAUAUCAAUCCAUGGAUGAUUUUAAGAAGGAUGUAGAUUUGGUCUUCAAGAAUUGUUAUGCAUUUAACCCAGAUGGAACCAUCGUUAACAUGAUGGGUCAUCGUCUGGAGGAAGUCUUUGUCUCCAAAUGGGCAGAUAGACCAAAUAUUGAUGAAAUGCCCGAUUCAGAAGAUGAAGAUACAGGGUAUGGAUCAUAUGAUGACGAUGAAGAAGAUUUUGAAGAUGAUGAAAUUGAUGAAACAAUGAUCACCAACCCAGCAAUUCAAUAUUUGGAGGAACAAUUAGCCAGAAUGAAAGUAGAAUUACAACAGUUGAAAAAUCAAGAACUGGAAAGAAUUAGAAAGGAUAGAAGAAUUGUUCGUGGUGCUAAGAAACAUCGUAAUAAGAGAUCAAAGAAGAAAAAUGGUAAGAAAGACAAGAAGGGAAGAUUGGAAACAGUGGUCACUUAUAAUAUGAAGAAAGUAAUAAUGGAAAAUAUUGGUGCCUUACCACCUGCCAAAUAUGAAAGAGCUUGUGAUAUUAUAAGUAAAUCCAUGCCACACCUAUCAAAUGAUGAAGAAGUGGAUUUGGAUACUUUGGAUAAUGAAACAAUCCUAACAUUAUACAACACAUUCUUUAGAGAAUUCCCAAUUUCUUCUCCGGUGAAUUAUGUCUCUCCAACUGGCUCCAAUGAAGCACUAUCUCCUACAUCAACCACUGGUAAGAAGAGAAGAUCAAAGGCUUUAAGCCAGGAAGAACAGAAUAGAAAAAUUGAAAAGAUCAAAAGUAAACUCGCCAUCCUUGACCAUGCAUCUCCACUAAGUCAAAAUGGUUCUCCUACCACUCCUGGAUACAAUAGAAAUCUAGGUGCUUACUCCUCUUCCUCAUCAGAUGAUGAUGUUAGUAGUGAAAGUGAAGAAGAAUGA